AUGGCGUUUCUGCCCAGUGCCCCCACCCUCCCAGACUUACACUCCAGUUCAGAUCCUGCCCAUCCUCCCCGGCCCUCGUCCAGGCUCCGCCUCUUUCUUUGGGGACCCGCCCGCUACGGCCCGACCCACGCCUGGCUUCUCCUGCGGGCGCAGUUCCCGCAGAGCCGGAAGUGGAUGGAGGUGAUCUCACCUGUCCCUGCCGCGGGUGAGUUUUCCGUUGUAGUCAUAUUACCCGAGGAAGAAGCACAGGAGAGGAAAAGAGAGGAUUCAGGAAUGGCUCUUACUCAGAGGCCUUUGACAUUCAGGGAUGUGGCCAUAGAAUUCUCUCAGGAGGAGUGGCAGUGCCUGGACCCUGCUCAGAGGGCUUUGUACACGGACGUGAUGUUGGAGAACUACAGGAACCUGGUCUCCCUGGGCAUCUCUUCUGUAUGUGUGAUAAAUGAAUGGCCACCUAAAGAGAGCAGUAAUACAGGAGAAAUAUCCCCCACAGUGAUGUUGGAAAGGCACCAAAGCCAUGUCAUUGAAGACUUUUGCUUUAGGGAAAUCCAAAAGAAUAUACAUAACUUUGAGUGUCAGUGGAGAGACGAUGAAAGACAUUCCAGUGGGAUCUAUACAACCCAUCAGGAAAAUCUAACUAGUAAGAGAGAUCAGCAUGAUAGGCAGGAUUCAGGAAACAAGUUUAUUAAUAGUCAGCUAGGAUUGAACAUCCAGUCACAACCGGUAGAACUGCAGCUAUUGAAGGCUAAAGAGAAAAGUUAUGAAUGUAAUCAUAUGGAGAAGUCUGUCAACAAUGAUUCCUUAGUUUCCUCACCCCACAGGUCCUCUAUCAAACCCCACCUUUCUUAUAAUACUGAUCUUAUGGAUUCAUUAUUCACACAAAGAGAGAAAGCACACAUAGGGACAAAACAAUACAAAUGUAUUGAGUGGAACAAGGCCUUGAAUCAAGGCUUACAUUUCACUGUUCAUCAAAUAAUACAUGUGGAAGAAAAACAAUUUGAAUGUGAUAUAUGUGGUAAGGUCUUCAAUAAGAAAUCAAACCUUGGGAGUCAUCGGAGAAUCCAUGCUGGAGAGAAACCUUACAAGUGUAAUGAAUGUUGCAAGGUCUUCAAUAACAUUUCACAUCUUGUACAACAUCAGAGAAUCCACACUGGAGAAAAACCUUACAAAUGUAAUGAAUGUGGCAAGGUCUUCAAUCAGGUUUCACACCUUGCACGACAUCGGAGAAUUCACACUGGAGAGAAACCUUACAAAUGUACUGAAUGUGGAAAGGUAUUCCAUCAAAUUUCACAUCUUGCACGACACCGAACAAUUCACACUGGAGAGAAACCUUUCAAAUGUAAUGAAUGUGGCAAAAUGUUUAGUCGAAAUUCAUACCUUGUACAACAUCUGAUAAUCCAUACAGGAGAGAAACCACACAAAUGUAAUGAGUGCGGUAAGGUCUUUAAUCAUAUUUCACACCUUGCACAACAUCGGAGAAUUCACACUGGAGAGAAACCGUACAAAUGUAAUGAAUGUGACAAGGUCUUCAGUCAUAAGUCAUCCCUAGCAAAUCACUGGAGGAUUCAUACUGGAGAGAAACCUUUCAAAUGUAAUGAAUGUGGAAAGGUCUUCAGUCGCAAUUCAUACCUUGCUAGACAUCUAGUAAUUCAUACUGGAGAGAAACCUUAUAAAUGUAACGAAUGUGGCAAGCUGUUCAGUCAAAAUUCACACCUUGCAAAUCAUCGAAGAAUACAUACUGGAGAGAAACCUUAUAAGUGUAAUGAAUGUGGCAAAGUCUUUAGUCAAAAUUCGUAUCUCAUAUACCAUCGGAGGAUUCAUACUGGGGAGAAACCUUGUAAAUGUAAUGAAUGUGGAAAGGUUUUCAGUCUAAACUCAUCCUUAGCACACCAUCGGAGAGUUCAUACUGGAAAGAAACCUUGAAAAUAUAACAGGUGUGGCCAGACCUUUACUGUGCAUUCAAGCCUUGCUGACCAUGAUCUUCAUACCGGAAAGCCUUUCAAAUCUAAGGAAUGUGGCAGGGUUUUCAGUGACAAUUGAUACCUUGAACAUGAGGGGUUUCAUGCUGGAGAGACAUCUUAUUAA